CUAAAAUCCAAUGAUUGAGUGCACAAUGGAUACAAUUUUACUGGCGUUGCAGCGAAUUGUCUUCAUUACGUGGACAGCCAUCAAGACAUACCUCAAUGGACCCUAUUAUUCAUACAUUGAACUCAAUCGCAACUAUGGCUUCUUUGGAAAAAUACGGAAAUUGAAUGUAGAAGACGUAGACAUUCCGUCAUCACUGGAGGGAAAGGUAUGCAUAAUCACAGGCGGAAGUCGGGGAAUAGGUAUGGAAGUGGUGAAGACGUUGUUGAGAAAGGGAUGUCAUGUCAUUACCGGGUCGUCAGCCAGUGAUGAAGAGAUUCAAAGAAGGCGUAACUCAAUAGUGGAUCAGUUGGGCGACACAAUGAGGGGACGGCUGGAUAUGUGGCCAUUAGAGCUCUCGUCAAUGGACUCUGUCUUGCAAUUCGUGCGUAUAUUCAAAGACUCGUCGCUUAAACUCCAUUAUCUCAUUUGCAACGGCGCUGUCAUGUUUGCACCUUUUGGUCUCACUUCAGAUGGCUUUGAGACCCACUUAGCCAUCAAUUACUUCAGUCAUUGUCUUCUUAUCUCUCAUUUGAUCGACAAUUUGGUGACAUCUGGACGAGAAUGCGGUCAUAAGUCGCGAAUCGUGUGCGUGUCGUCUGGCGCUCACCGGCCGGCGAGUGUGCGCUUCAAUGACCUGCAGUCGGAGCGCCUGUACUCCACAUACCACGCGUACGCUCAGUCAAAGUUGGCUCAAAUCAUGUUUGUCUAUAAGUUUCAUGAAUGGCUUCUAAGCCGACACGAUAUGGUGGGCGCUGUGACCAUCACUUGUCUGCAUCCGGGUGUCUGUCGCACAGACCUUAUGAAAGAAUUCAAUUUCUUUAACCUAAGACCCAUUCAAGCGUUGCCCAUAUUUCGAUCGGCAGAAGAAGGCGCUGAGACAACACUAUACGCCACCCUAUCGUCUGAAGUGGAGGGCAUAAGUGGUGUAUACCUCGAGGACUGUUGUGUCACUAAAUCAAGUAAACGAUCGUAUGAUAAGAAAACACAGGAAUUGUUGUGGAAUAACACUUGGCAUCUGUUGCACAAAUGGACACCUAAUUUGUGCUUCCGAUUGACACCUGAAUCCGAUAAAGUGCACGAUCUAUGA